CGCCUACUCCAGAACCACUAGCAGAGCCGCUGCCUGAUCCAUAACCAGCGCCUGAACCGCUACCGGAACCAUGACCAGAGCCGCUACCAGAUCCCGAGCCACUGCCUGAACCAUAACCAGCACCUGAGCCGCUACCAGAGCCAUGGCCAGAACCAGUUCCGCUUCCAGAACCAUAGCCAUGACCAGAUCCGGAACCAUGACCAGAUCCAGAACCGCUACCAGAGCCAGCACCGAUGCCAACACCAACACCUACGCCGGCGCCAAAACCACUUCCACUACCGGAUCCACUGCCGAUGCCUACACCGGAACCAUAACCGGAGCCGCUACCAGAUCCAUGACCAUUCCCCUUUCCAUUGCCGUUACCAUUACCUUGGCCUUUUCCAUUGCCGUUACCAUUACCUUGGCCCUUUCCGUUGCCAUUACCAAAUCCUUGGCCUUUACCAUUUCCAUUGCCAUUACCAAGUCCUUGGCCUUUUCCAUUGCCGUUGCCAUUACCUUGGCCCUUUCCAUUGCCAUUACCUUGACCUUUUCCAUUGCCAUGUUUGUCAAAAUCUUUGCCAUGUUCUUUGUCAUGACCAAAUCCAUGGCCAUUUCCAUGAUCGUAAUGGCCGACACCUUUUCCAUUUCCAUGACUAUGACCGUCACCAUGACCGUGACCAUGAUCAUGACCGUGACCACCACCAGCUAACAGGCCCAAUCCAAGACCUUGGCCUUUGGCGCCCAAACCGGCACCAACACUGCCUGCCGAGACACCACCUUUUUUCGAUGGACCAUUACCAAGACUCAGGCCACCACCAAUGCUUGCUCCAGCGCUGGCACUGCUGCUACUACUUGCACC